CCUCACCUCCCUGCUCCAUUCUUCCCGGGCCCCACCAGUGGAUUGCAGGAGCUGCGCUGGCCUGACUCACCCAGUAUGGAGGGGGAGGCUGGGAACGCCUCCUGCGCACACUGUGAGGCCAAUGUGCUUGCCCAGAGCUGCUGUCAAAACUGCUUCCACCCUGAGGAGGCCUACAGAGCAAGGCACCAGGAGCCCGGGAGCCCUCCAGGUGCGGAGGCACCCUACUGCGACCUGCCCCGCCGCCCGCCUGCAUCUGAGGACCUGCACAGAGCCUCAGCCUCUGGGUGCCAGUCUGUGGUGGGCUUUGGCCUUGGGCCAGAGUCCGAGAGGAGGCCGGCGACAGGGCUCCCUGCGGAGGGCCCCUCAGGCACCCCCAGGAGCAGGAGCUGGGACUCCGAGGCAGUGCCCUAUCUGGAGGGCCCAGCCUCCUCCCUGUGCAGCUUCGACGAGGGCCCCGACUCUGGCACCAGCCCCAGCCCUGACUGUGACGCCCCUGAUGAUACCAGCAACUCGUCCUCUGUGGACUGGGACGUUGUCAAAAGGCAGGAGGAGGCCCCCGGCGGGGACGAGAUCACCGAGAUGAUCCCUCGGAAGCUGCAGGAGGGGUCGAGAGCUGACAGCACCCAAAGGGCUCCGUCCGUCCUCACCCGGUCCCCCGUGGGAGGAGACACUGCGAGCCGGAAGGAGGACCCGGGUGGUGGGAGCCGAAGCGCCGGGCAGCACUGGGCAAAGCUCCGGGGAGAAAGUGGGCACUUCUUGGAGCGGCACCGGGCUUCCUCUGCGACACCACAGAGCGGACCUCGAAGUACCACCCCCCAGGCUUCCUCUCUCCAUCGCUCUGCCCAAAGGGACGCUGCCCAGACGGCUUCCGUACAACUUGAUGCCCCCCGAGCUUCCUCUCCCUCCCAAGCAGCCCAACGGGACACCCCCAGAACCUCGUCCACCCAACAGGACACCCGCAGGGCUUCUUCCACACAGCAGAGCACCCCCAGAACGGCCUCGCCCUCAAGAAUCACCCAACGGGAUAGUUCCAGAACCUCGUCCACCCAACGGAGCAAUCCUCGAGUUUCCUCUUCCCCCAGAGCCGCCCAACAGGACAACUCCAAAACCUCUUCUACCCAACAGGACAACCCUCAGACUUCUUUUUCUGCAUGUACUUCUCAACAGGAAAACUCCAGAACAUCCUGUGCCCAGAGGGACAACCCCAGAGGCCCCUCUCCCAACCGGACCACCCAGCGGGAAAGCUCCAGAACUUCCUGUGCCCAGAGGGACAACCCCAGAGGCCCCUCUCCCAACCGGACCACCCAGCGGGAAAACUCCAGAACUUCCUGUGCCCAAAAGGACAACCCCAGAGGCCCCUCUCCCAACCGGACCACCCAGCGGGAAAACUCCAGAACUUCCUGUGCCCCACGGGACAACCCCAGAGGCUCCUCUCCCAACCGGACCACCCAGCGGGAAAACUCUAGAACAUCCUGUGCCCAGAGGGACAACCCCAGAGGCCCCUCUCCCAACCGGACCACCCAGCGGGAAAACUCCAGAACUUCCUGUGCCCCACGGGACAACCCCAGAGGCUCCUCUCCCAACCGGACCACCCAGCGGGAAAACUCUAGAACAUCCUGUACUCAGCAGAACACCCCCAGAACCUCUUCCACCCAACGGAACAACCCGCAGUCCUCUUCCUUCCGGCGGGACCACCCCGGGAGCUCCUCCCCUCAGUGCUGCACCCCAAAGAACAAUCCUGGGCCAUCAUCUCCCCAUCGCUCCACCCAGCGGAAUAACCCCAGGAAUCCUUCUCCCCAUCGUACUAACAAAGACAUCCCCUGGGCCUCCUUUCCCCUCCGGCCCACCCAGAGCGAUGGUCCCCGGACCUCCUCCCCAUCCCGCUCCAAGCAGAGCGAGGUUCCCUGGGCCUCUAUCGCCCUUCGGCCAACCCAAACUGACAGGCCUCAGACCUCAUCUCCCACCAAACCAGCUCAGCGCGACUCCCCCCAGGCCUCCUCGGGCCCUCCCCAGCACAACUCACCAGCCCGGGCCUCUUCUUCCUCGCACAACCCCGGCCCCCACAGCACCCCCCGGACUCCCACGCCUCUGUACCUCACCCGAGGGGCAUCCCAGACCUCUUUCGAGUCCUCCCAGCCUCCCUGGGCCGUGUGCAUUGGACACCGGGAUGCCCCCCGAGCCUCUUCGCCUCCUCGCUAUUUGCAAUAUGACCCGUUUCCCUUCUUCCCAGAUCCCCACGCCUCUGAGAGUGAAUCCACUCACCACGAGCCGCCCUAUAUCCCCCCGGCCGUGUGCAUCGGCCACCGCGAUGCUCCCCGGGCCUCCUCACCCCCUCGCCACACCCAGUUCGACCCCUUCCCCUUCCUCCCGGACACAUCAGAUGCUGAGAACCAGUCGCCCCAGCAUGACCCUCCCCAGUUCCCCCCGCCUGUGUGUAUCGGAUACCGCGAUGCACCCCGGGCCUCCUCCCCUCCGCGCCAGGCCCCUGAGCCCUCCCUCCUGUUCCAGGAUUUCCCCAGGGCCAGCACCGAGAGCCUUGUCCCCUCCACAGACUCCCUGCAUGAGCCCCCCCACAUCCCCACCCCUGUGUGCAUUGGGCACCGAGAUGCACCCUACUUCACGUCCCCCCCACGCCAGGCCCCCGAGCCCUCCCUCUUCUUUCAGGACCCCCCUGGGACUAGUAUGGAGAGCCUGGCCCCCUCCACGGACUCUCUGCAUGGCUCCCCAAUGCUGCCCCCCCAAGUGUGCAUCGGGCACCGGGAUGCACCUCGAGCCUCCUCCCCACCCCGCCACCCACCCAGUGACCUAGCCCUCCUGGCACCCUCACCUCCUCCAGGCAGCUCAGGGGGCUCCCGGGGCUCAGCACCCCCUGGGGAGACCAGGCACAACUUGGAGAGGGAGGAGUACACCGUGCUGGCUGACCUGCCCCCACCCAGGAGGCUGGCACAGAGGGAGCCAGGGUCCCAGGGCAGCAACGGGGGCCGAACCCGCAGCCCUGGCCGCGCAGAGGUGGAGCGCCUCUUCGGGCAAGAGCGCAGGAAGUCCGAGGCACCAGGGACCUUCCAGGCCCGGGACGAGGGGCGGUCGCAGCGGCCCAGCCAAGGUCAGAGCCAGCUUCUCCGGAGACAGUCCAGCCCUGCCCUCAGCAGGGAGGUAACCACGCCCUCUGCGAAGCAGGCAGAACCAGCCCGGAGGAGCCGUGCAGAGGCCCCUCCUCCCAGGAGACCUGGGGGGGACCUGCGGCUCCAGGGGUCCUCGCCGCCCCCAAGGACAUCAGCCAGGACUUCUGAGAGGGAACGGCGAACAGAGAAACCUCCGGAGAGGGGCCGGGCGGGCCCAAGACAGCCUCCGGGUGGGUGGCAGAGCCAGGAGGAGCUGCCUGGGGCCGCGGGGCCGCACAGACACUUGGAGAGAGGCUGGAGCAGCCAGGAGGAGGGCCCAGGCCUGGGGGGCUGGCAAGGACUUGGGGAGCCCAGCGGGGGCGCUACCAGAGCCCUGGAGGGAACAUGGAGGGGCCCUCUCAGGGAGUCUGAGGAGAGCUGGGGGCAGUCAGAGGCCUGGGAGAAGCCCCCCAGUAAUGGGGUGCAGAAGCCCCCUGACAGGCCAGCUCAAAGGGGCCGGGGCGCCCUGCAGGAGCUGUUCGGUCCUCCCCAGCCUAUGAGCCUUCCGGAGAACACCCGGGAAGGCCCAGCAGAGUUCUCGAAUUCCUGGAGGUCUGAGACAGACACUGCUAUGGGCCGGGGAACUGAGGGAGCAUGCCCACACCUGCAUGGCCCUGAGAGGCGCCUCGAGCUUGACUGGAGGGACCUGCUGAGCCUUCUUGGGAUGCCCAGAGAGGGGGCCUGGGCCCACCCAGAGGAGCCAACGCUCGCUUCCCGUCUUCCAAGGCUGGACUGGGAAGGCCUCCUGGAGCUCCUGCAGACCCAGCUGCCCCGAAAGGACUCAGCUGGACACUGGGGUGGCCCAGUCACAGCUCCAGGGCCAGGGCUGGGUUCCCCAGGCACAAAGGAUGCCCUUGAACGAGAGCGACAAAGCCAGCCUGCCAGCUGGGCAGAGGCCACCCUAGUCAAUGGACACAGCCCCGAGCAGGGGCCCCAGAGCUUGGCCCAGCUGCCCAGCCCUGCCUGCACCUCCACCCAGUGGCCAAAGACCAAAGUGACGAGUGGACCAGAGACCUCAAGUACAGCUGGCCUGGAGACGAGCCAGCUGGGGAGUAGCAGCCCUGCAGAAGGCCCCAGCUCAGCAGACUGGGAGUUCCAAUCAAAGGAGCCUAAGGAGUCAGAACCGAGAGGAGACUCAUUGACUGGCCAGAAGCAGGCAGACUCGGCAGACAAGAGGCCAGCGGAGGGCAAGGCUGGGAGCCCACUCAAGGGCCGACUGGUGACCUCAUGGCGGAUGCCCGGGGACCGGCCCACGCUGUUCAAUCCGUUCCUGCUAUCCCUGGGGGUCCUCAGGUGGCAAAGGCCCGAUCUGCUCAACUUCAAGAAGGGAUGGAUGUCGAUCUUGGACGAGCCUGGAGAGUGGAAGAAGCAUUGGUUUGUGCUGACUGAUUCCAGCCUCAAGUACUACAGGGACUCCACCGCUGAAGAGGCAGAUGAGCUGGAUGGCGAGAUUGACCUGCGUUCCUGCACUGACGUCACCGAGUAUGCAGUACAGCGCAACUACGGCUUCCAGAUUCACACCAAGGACGCUGUCUAUACCUUGUCGGCCAUGACCUCGGGCAUCCGGAGGAACUGGAUCGAGGCUCUGAGGAAGACUGUGCGUCCCAUCUCAGCCCCAGAUGUCACCAAGCUCUCGGACUGCAAUAAAGAGAACACACUGCACAGCUACAGCACCCAGAAGGGCUCCCUGAAGGUGGGGGAGCAGCGUGCGGGCUCUGAGGUCAUCAGUCGGGGCAGCCCUCGGAAGGCAGAUGGACAGCGGCCAUCUCUGGACUACGUGGAGCUCUCCCCACUGUCUCAGGGCUCCCCACAGCGGGCCCGCACCCCAGCUCGCACUCUUGACCGCCCAGCCAAGCAGGAGGAGUUGGAACGGGACCUGGCCCAUCGCUCUGAGGAGCGACGCAAGUGGUUUGAGGCUGUGGACAGCAGGGCCACAGAGACACCUGCUGGCGAGGGGCCACGCCGGGGCCUGGGUGCCCCCCUGACCGAGGACCAGCAGAGUCGGCUCAGCGAGGAGAUCGAGAAGAAGUGGCAGGAGCUGGAGAAACUGCCCCUGCGGGAGAACAAGCGGGUGCCUCUCACCGCCCUGCUCAACCAAAGCCGCGGGGAGCGCCGGGGGCCCCCUAGUGACAGCCAUGAGGCACUGGAGAAGGAGGUCCUGUCUCUUCGUGCCCAGCUGGAGGCAUGGCGUCUUCAGGGGGAGGCUCCUCAGGGUGCACCCAGGCCCCAGGAGGAUGGUCACAUCCCCCCAGGCUACAUCUCACAGGAGGCCUGGGAGCGCAGCCUGGCCGAGAUGGAGUCCUCCCACCAGCAGGUAAUGGAAGAGCUGCAGCGGCAUCACGAGCGGGAGCUGCAGAGGCUGCAGCAGGAGAAGGAGUGGCUCCUGGCCGAGGAGACAGCCGCCACGGCCUCAGCCAUCGAAGCCAUGAAGAAGGCCUACCAGGAGGAGCUGAGCCGGGAGCUGAACAAGACACGGAGCCUCCAGCAGGGCCCAGACGGCCUCCGGAAGCAGCACCAGUCGGACAUGGAGGCGCUGAAGCGGGAGCUGCAGGUGCUGUCGGAGCAGUACUCCCAGAAGUGCCUGGAGAUCGGCACCCUGACGCAGCAGGCCGAGGAGCGCGAGCACACGCUGCGCUGCUGCCAGCAGGAGGGCCAGGAGCUGCUGCGCCACAACCAGGAGCUGCACGCCCGCCUGUCUGAGGAGAUCGACCGGCUGCGCGGCUUCAUUGCCUCCCAGGGCACUGGCAGCGGCUGUGGGCGCAAUGAGCGCAGCUCCUGUGAGCUGGAGGUGCUGCUGCGAGUGAAGGAGAACGAACUUCAGUACCUGAAGAAGGAGGUGCAGUGCCUCCGGGACGAGCUCCAGAUGAUGCAGAAGGACAAGCGCUUCACCUCAGGAAAGUACCAGGACGUGUACGUGGAGCUGAACCACAUCAGGACGCGGUCGGAGCGGGAGAUCGAGCAGCUGAAGGAACACCUGCGCCUUGCCAUGGCCGCCCUGCAGGAGAAGGAGGCGCCACGCAACAGCGUGGCCGAGUAGAGGUCCUGUGGUUCGGCCCAGCUGCAAACUCCCAGCCCAAGGGGACCAGUUGCCCUCCUUCCCUGCUGGAUGGAAGUCAGAAGCCAAGCUUUCUCCCCACCCUCUGUGGGCUACACGUGCACUCACAGCUGUCAGACGCAGGCACACACACAGGCACACACACACACUGCACAGACAUACACACUGCA